AUGUCCGCUGCCGAUAUUAUUAAAGAAACAGAAACUGCGCUCAAAAAUUUCUUGAACAAACUUCCCGAUCCGAAAAAUGAAGAGGUCCGGAUUUUCGACCCUUCCGCGAUCAUUCUUCUUCGAACUUUUCCUCGUUAUCAGCAACGACUUGGCACUUUUGAUGUGACCAAAUGGAGCGGCAAGCCUGCCUGUUUUUCACCUACCUUCUGCGCUAUCUACGGCUGGAGCUGUAAAGAAAAGGACGUGUUGAAAUGUCCUGAUUGUGGAGAAGUUCUCCUUGCUGAGCUACCCCCACGAAACAACGAUUACUUCCCGAAGAAAGUCGAUCAUCUCUUGACCAUGCUCCAGUCUGGCCACGCAGACUACUGUGAAUUCGCCAAUUCGCACGAGCCAUUCGAGUUUUUGAAGAAAAACGACUCACCGUAUCUGUUCAAAAAACGCCUUCAAACCUUUCCCGGAACGCUCGAUUUCCUACCGAAGGUUACAUCAGGAAUAUCGGAAGAAGAUCUGGACUUUUUGAGCAGAUACUUUUCUUACUGCGUCAAAAAUAAGAAAUUACAACGCGAGAUCCUUAACUUGGCCGUCAAUGGAUGGAGUUUUCACCACGAGGAUGAGACCGACUACUUGCUAUGCGAGGACGAUGUCCGCCAAAUUCCGGAACGGUGA